AAGUUUGUUGAAAGAAAAAAAAAAAAAAAAAGCACAUAGUGUGUCUGUAUUCGUACUGUUGUCAAUAAAGUUAAUUGACUGCCCCCCGUGUAGAACUAUCAUGGGGAAGAGCCGGGCUCGUAGAUUCAAGCCGGUCAGCUUCUCUCCAGCAGCGGCAGCCGCCGUGAAGCCAGUGGCGGAGCCCGUGCAGGAGGACAGCGCGGAAUCAUUACGUGCCGAGGAUCUGCUCCACAAGUUGCAGAGCCCUAGUCCUGAAGUCCGAGACUUUGCCUGUGCCAGCAUCUCACAGCUUGUCCAGCAGCAGCAAGUUAUACCAGGUUUCCUACAGAGAGAUGUUGUUCGAUGCCUUGGACCCCUUCUGCUUGAUAAGAGCAUGUCUGUGCGGGAGACAGCAGCAGGAGCUUUACGGAACCUGAGCACCUGCGGAGGAUUUGAUGUAUGUGAUGACAUGGUGACCAGAGACAUCAUGACCCCCUUAGUGGCCCUAUUAAGAGAGUGUUCUACCGGUUUAGAUUCCAACAUGGAGCCAGAAACGAACAGUAAGGACUCAACAAAAAACCAAAUUGAAGAUAUUGCGAACCAAGCUGUUAAUAUUCUGUGGAAUGUAUGUGAAAGCAACAGUAAGGCUUUGGCUAUCUUUAACAAAGAAAACUGUGUGGAGAUUGUUAUCCAUUGUUUAAGAAAGUUUCCAAGCAACUUGGAAUUGGCAGUGUCUGCAGCUUACUGUCUGCAGACGGUCACAGAAGACAAUCCAGAACUUCUGGCCUUCUUUAAUGCUUCUGCUCUGCAAACAUUGGAAAAUGUGCUGAUGACUCCUGCAGCUACUAUGGAGAUGAGACUUUUGCAGACAUUAGUUGCAGGUACUGUUUGGAACGUGAAAGAAAAGCUACCCCCUUUCAGCCAGGCUGACUCCAUUAAUGCCAUUUUAAGGAUACUAUCUGAAGUGCUCUCUCAGGAUGGGGGGCAGUUUAUUAUACAGAUGAAAGAAACAGAAACUAUGCGACUGAAUACUGCUGCCACAGAGUCUGAAGCAGAAGAGGCUGCAGCUAUUCUUGAAGACGCUUCUCUGACUGAAGAUGAUGGGAUGGUGGACAGGGCUGUAAAACAGAAGAAUCAUGAUAAUUUCUCAGAUUUAAUCCCAGUUUCACAUGAGGAACUUAGACAAGCUUCUUUCUUACUGGUGGCCCAGAAGUCUGCUCUGGAGAUGAUCGUGAACAUGUGCUGUAGUGACGAGCCCUCUGAUGAUGAAUGGGAUGAAUUUUCUAGCAGCGAUGAAAGUGAAACAUGCCUAGAAAAAUCAGUAGCUGACGGAGGCCAACUUAUGUCACCACUGUGCCUGUCAUCUGAAGUCCACUCAGCUCUCCUGAACCACUUCAUCCCCAAAAAGGUGUUUGAAAAAACUCGAUUUCCAGAUGAUGCUGCUUUACAAAUAUGUAGACACAAUUCUGCGUGGAAGUCAUUGAUUACAAAGAUUUUUACUGUGCAGCAUAGAGCACUGACCUGCCUUCACAACAUCUUGUCUAUGCUGGACAUUGAGAGUUUAGGAGGAGUAUCUGCACUACAGGAACUUGCUCAGCAUCUUUCAGAAUUAGUAUUUACUCAGAAAGAUGGUCCAAAGCACGAUGACUUUUUAGAGGCAGCAUCCAGUGCUGUCCGAGCAUUACUACAGACAAUAGCAUCUAAAGGAAUACCACAGUGUAUGACUCCAGAACAGGUUAUGAGCUUUGCUGAAGCGUGUGUGCAAAGCAGAAACACCAGUGCAAGGGUGAAUGCAGUCAGCAUUAUUGGGAUUACAGGCAGUGUACUGGCAAAAAGGGGUGACACGGCUGAGAUGUUGAAGAUUCGUAAAGAAGGCCGAGAGAAAUACAGUACUGACCAGUUAUGUGUCCUGGAUAAUGUAAGAACCAAUCUCAGGCGGUUCAUAGCUUACCUUGAAACUGUAGAUAAAAAACAUAAGAAAAAAAUUUGAAAGGAAAAAUUCCAUGUAUGUCAAGUUAGAGACAUUUGCACACAGAAGGCAAAGCUUGGACUGAUACUUUUUUUUUUUUUUUUUUUUUUUUUUUUUUUUAUUGUUUCAUAAAACUACAGAACUUUAAGUACUUUGUCCAGCAUCUGUACAUUGGGUUCCUGAAUAAAUAGUACAAAAUCUGAAUUUAAAGUUGAUAAUUAAGUCCAAGGGUUUUGCCUUUUCUCUCUUGAAAAAACAAAACAUACAAUGGGUUUCUCCUCUGUUGGACUGUGAAAUAAAUGUGCACUUUUCAUGUAGCUGCCUGGAAAUGUCUUUCAAAACGCACAAUGAUACAUAGCAGCGCAAUCGCUGGCAAGCGACGAUGUCAUGAAAAUCAUAGGACUUUUACAAUGAGCCAUCAUCAAGGACAGGUCUAUCUUAACAUACUGAUAUUUUAUAAUCAGUAAAGUCGGUAGAAGAACGUGUUCAAUGACUUGUUUACCGUGGGAUACAACAGAAAUGUAAGAAGUAGCAAAAACUGUCAUAACACAGAAUGACUUACAUUGUUGCAACCUACCGAGAAAUAGAAGUACUGCCUAAUAUUUAAAGUCUAUAAAACAUACAAAAAGUAGUAUAAAUAAAUUGUCCAAAAAAUUGUAAAGGGAAGCUGAAGUGUUAAAGGCUGUGCUGAGCCAUGAGAUGCCCCCCCCCCCCCCAAUCUUACUGGUUGUGGUGCAGGGCUUAAUGCUGGAAAAGGAGUCCUGUACAUCAUUCAAAGCAGGGAGGGAUGAGGGAAGGAGAAGGAUCAGCGCUGCCUUUUUUGACGCUUUAGCUCUGAGCAUGAUCUAGAGCGAAAACUAGCUGGUAGGAGUGCAUAAAACAUAACUCUUAAUAGUCAACAGGAUAAAACCCACCUAAUUAACACAUAGUGUAGUAUAGUGGUUUGAAUGUAAUAGUCGGCCCUACACCAAAUGUAAAAGUUAUACAUAUAGUCAGUAGGGCGCCAAUAUGUAUCGAAUCUACUACACCACAAUAAUGUGUCGCUCUAUGCGUUUUGGCCUCCUCAGGGUCACAUAAGGGGCAGUGAGGUGUACACAUGUAGGGUAAAAAGCUACACCUAAAGUGCUGUGGGUGCAGUCACAGCACCAAUAAGGAUACAUGAAAAUCCCAUGGAAAUGGGCACUGUCAGAUAUAAAAACUUUUCAUAUGUUGUAAAACAUGCAAAACCAAAAGGUUUUGCAAUUGCUUUCAUAAUUUUUUUUUCAGUAUUUCAUACAGAAAAAGAAAAAAAAAACUGCCCCCCUGUCUCCUGGGAUACAUACCAGUCCUGGUGUGUCCACUGGUCAUCACCUACGUCAUGGAUCCACUUCAUGCUAGACAGGUCCGCUCCCUCACUCUCUGGGGGAGAUUCUCAAAAACUGCUGUCAUUUCUGUUCCAGCGAUAUAUUCAAACCUUUUUUUUUUUUUUUUCUCCUCACAUUUUCAAAGGUCUUUUGUGCUACUAUGAAAAUAUGUGAAAAUUCAUUUUCACGCCACUUAUGUUUUUUUUGCACCAACAUCCCAGAAGAU